AUGAGCGCCAGUAUGAGUAUGAGUCUGAGCGACACCGGCAGUGAAAGCAGUCUGCUGGACGAAGAGCGUCCCUUUUUGGUGUCUUGCAGUACAACUUCCACAAGUACUACAAGCUCUACAAGAACCAACAGUCCAACCAUGAUGACAACAACUUCGUGCAUCAUCUCCACUACAGUGGCGGAAGACCAAGAAGACGCCGCUUGUUCUGCGGCAGCCCAAGCAUUGCUGAGUCGUCAAUUGAGCGUGUCGCAUCGCAUGCGUGUCUUGACAUUCUUUGCGGCCAUUGGAGGAUUCCUGAGUGGCUAUAAUACCGGUGUCAUUGCCGGCGCUCUAUUGCCACUCAAACGAGUCUUUGAUUUGAGCAGUGAACAAGAAGAAGCCAUUGUCAGUGCGACGAUUGUGAGUGCUUGCAUCGCAUCGAUUGUCGGAGGAACCCUCAAUACGUACCACGGACGACGGGGGACGCUAUUGCUGGCCGCCGCCAUUUUCACGGGAGGCGCACUGUUGUUGUGGACGGCACAGAAUUACACUUGUAUCCUCAUUGGUGAAAUUCUGUUGGGCAUUGGCAUUGGAUUGGAAAGUCUCACAUCGCCCCUCUAUAUUGCCGAAGUGGCCAAACCUAGUAUGCGCGGCAAACUUGUGUCGGCAUAUGCCCUCAUGAUGUGCAUGGGACAGUUUGUGGCGGGAAUCAUGGACGGUGUCUAUGCACAUCUACUGCCCGAUGGAUGGGCGUGGAGGGCCAUGUUUGGAACGGCCAUGGUCCCCGGCAUUGUCAUGUUUACCGGGUUUCUGGGAUUGCCCGAAUCACCCAGUUGGCUCAUGAUGGCAUCUACUUCUACCAACAAUACAAGUUGUAGUAUGGAGCAACAAGCAUUCACUAUACUGCAAUCCGUCCGUGACACGGAUCAAGAAGUCGAACUCGAAUUACAGUCGUUACGACAAACGGCACGUCAUGUUACUACUACACAAGACAACAACACUCCUAUCAAUCACAAGACUUCCAUUCUCACUAGUUUCACACAAAUGACUCGAGACGUGGCCACUCGCAAUGCCCUCUUGGUGGGAUGCGGACUCAUGAUUCUCCAACAAAUCUGUGGCGUCAAUGGCGUACUCUACUAUGCCGCCAGUGUCUACGAAAUGGCAGGAUUCGAUGAACUCACCAGUAUUUGGUUGUCCGCCUUUACGGCAUUUGCACAAAUCAUUGGAUUGGCAUUGGCGGUCGUACUCAUUGAAACGGCGGGGCGGCGCGUCCUCGUACUCGCGUCGUUGUGUGGCAUUGGAUUGGCAUCGCUGGGAUUGGGAUAUUCCUUUUAUGCCGCCCGUAUCUACUCGCCAUCCACUCUCUAUAUCGAUCCCGCGUGUGCGGCACAACCGGCACUUGUCUGGGAUGGCAUUACUCGCAAUUGUUGGGAUUGUACCAGUAUUCCUGGAUGUGGAUUCUGUGGCAAUGCAUGUGUGCAAGGCACACCCGAUGGACCACUGUUCUUGACGUCCAGUGAAUCGCAAUUCUCGUGUCCUGCCGAUACGGAUUGGUCCUACAAUGUCUGUGAAAAUCCAUACGGAUACCUCUCGGUGGUAUUCAUGGUCGUCUACCUGAUUGUCUUUGGUAUGGGCAUGGCAGGGUUGCCAUGGACGGUCAAUUCCGAAAUUUAUCCCGUGCGGUUCCGAUCCCUCGCCGUUUCCUUUUCCACGGGGACCAAUUGGCUUUCCAAUUUAUUGGUGUCGUCCACGUUCUUGACCAUUAACAGCCCCGCCGUCCUGACCAGUUAUGGCAGUUUCUAUCUGUAUGCGACACUUUGCUUUGUGGGAGCUGCCACCAUGUACGUGUAUCUACCAGAAACCAAGGGACUUUCCAUGGCACAAAUUGAAGUGGCAUUUGAACAUUUGGGCAGUAACACCAAUACGACAACACAUGCAACCACCAUUACUGGCGAACAAGCACCCCUACUUUCUUCCCACAAAUACGAUAUCGAUCCACAAACGGGUGCCUUUGGAACUUGCAAAUCAUCGUCUUAUGGAACCAGCAGCAAACAGGGCGAUGCCACGGUGCAAACCUGCGAUUCUUCCGAUGCCGAAACACCGCCCGAGCCGCUCUAG